GUGUGUGUGUGUGUGUGUGUGUGUGUGUGUGUCCAAACCAGGCACCAGGAAAGCAGUCCCCGUCUUGGCUGGGGCAGAGAUUCAAUCAUUUGGGUCAGCAGUCCCGUGCGUAACUGCAGCCAUAUCAAUAUUCAUUCAAUCAACACGGAUGUCCAGCUUCAAGGAGAGGAUAUGUAUCAGGGCAUAAUGACAACCAACCACGGAUCCCACUCCUAUGAGGCCGGAUUUCUGCACAACUCCUCGGCGGGCACCUCUCCGGUGUAUGUGCCCACCACCCGGGUCGUCACCCCGAUGAUGCCGUCGCUGCCUUACCUCCAGACGCCCGGUGCGCCGCAGCAGAGCAGCCCCGCGUCGAGCCACUCGGCCUGGGCGCAGCCGUGCAGCGACGCGGUGCCCUCGUACAACCACUCCUCUGUGUCUCCGCGCUUCGCCUUCUCCACCAGCCCGCCGCUGUCCUCCACGGCCCGGGACACGGCAGCGUCUUACAGCGGCCCGCUAAACAUCUCUGGCAGCGCCCGGAGCCUCAGCGGGUCGUAUCACAGCCCCUACCCGGCCUACAUGAGCCCGAACGUGGGUGGAGCAUGGUCGGCGUCCCCCUUUGAUAGCCCGGUCCUCCACGGUCUCCAAACCGGUGCUCCUCAUGGCACAACACGGCACCCAAACAUAGACCUGUUCGAUGACUUUGCUGAGGGUCGAGAGUGUGUGAACUGCGGGGCGAUGUCGACCCCCCUCUGGAGGCGGGAUGGGACUGGCCACUAUCUGUGCAAUGCCUGCGGACUGUACCACAAGAUGAAUGGCAUCAACAGACCUCUCAUCAAACCUCAACGACGGCUGGGCUCUGACAUAUUUUAUAUGCCGCAGUCUGCCUCCAGGAGGGUUGGCCUGUCCUGCACCAACUGUCACACCACCACCACCACCCUGUGGCGACGAAACGCAGAGGGAGAGCCGGUCUGCAACGCCUGUGGCCUCUACAUGAAGCUCCAUGGGGUUCCACGACCCCUGGCCAUGAAGAAGGAGGGGAUCCAGACCCGCAAACGCAAACCCAAAAACCUCAACAAGUCCCAAACUGGGACCCCAGGAAGUGAUGGGACUCCAGUCACGCCCAGCAGCACUCCCAGGGCCUCCACCACCACCGAGGAGCCUCGACAGAUAAAGACCGAGCCGGACACUCACAGCUUGUACUCACACCACAGCGCACACGCACAGAUUUCCGCCCUCCCAGCCUACAUGUCAGCUCAAGGCGGGGCCAUUCCUCUCAAGAUGUCCCCCGGGGGCCACGUCAUGUCUUCUGGCUCCAAAGCAGAGCCCUGGAACAACCUCAUCCUGGCCUAGAAGACCUGCAGCACACAGCCUUUCAAACCAUACCGAUUGAACUGCCCAGAGAGACAAGCGUCUCCGGGAAGCAGACUGCCGCUCUGGAUGCAGAUGUCCCCGCAGCCUUCACGGCCGUUCAGUGCCUUUAACGCAACGCUUCGGCACAAAUGUUUAGGCGCCACAACAGAAAUGGAGAUGGUUAACUGAACUGCACAGACGCAGUGCAUUCAACCGCAGCAAUCGAUGGACUGAAUGGAGUUUGUUGAAGAGCAGCAGUGGGAUGAGACCACUCUCGAUGUGAAGAACGUGUUGGUGCUCACUCUGCCGUGCCAGUGACGGGGCAUUGAGUGGCAGAGCCUGUAACAUAAACCAGUAACAAAUAACUGUAAUGACCAGUCUUUAUCUCUAUGAGUUAUUUUUUGUAUCUCAAUAUUAUUUUUCAUUUUGACAUUAUGACGGACAAUUUCGCCAAAACAAAUGAUGAACACACAAAUUGUGAAAAUAACCUCAACAGCAGACCUUAAUGUCAAAGGUCGCGCGAUGGAGGAGUUAUAGCAAGUGUACUAAAAGGGUCAGCUCACAAUAAGAUAAACAACAACUAUAUUUUAAAAACUCUUUACAGAACAAACAGUGUGCGGUUACUUACUGAUCCACAAACCUCCAUGUGGCCAGUUUUCUGUAUUUCUUUUGUUUUUGAUGAUUUGAACUGUUCAAACAAGUCUUUAGAUUACAUCCAGUCAUCUGAGCAGCAGUAGGGCGACUCAGACUCAGCAGCAAUGUCUCAAAACUUAAGCAAAUAAAGCUAUCUACAAAACAAAACACCAGUAGGGGUACAAAAAUAAAAAAUAUCCGUGUGAUUUGUGAUACGGGUGAACUGACCCUUUAUACACUUUAUACCAAAAUUGACAUGCUGGUUACAGUCAUUUAUAUGUGAUACCAAUGCUUGUACAGAACAGGUGUAACUUCAUCUAUUUGCACAAAGAAAAGCUCAUCGGGAGCAUUCCUCAUAAACGUACUGUAACAGAGAGACAAUGGCUCAACACAUCCAUCACUCCUCUACACCACAGAUAUGCUUCAGUAAACACAAACUCCCACUCCGUCCAAUAGAAAGAGUUCCCUGUCAUGUGUUCCCGGAGUAGUCCUGAACUGUGUGCCUUUUUUUUAUCUAAAAAUGUAAACAAAAUAUAUUAAAAACAACCGAUGCAGCGAGCAAGUUGCACGUGAUGAAUGUGGUGGAAGUAAUUGAAGCACAUAGCUCCCUCUGCUGACACAAGAGCAGAUGUGCAUCCAUAAGAAAAAAGCACAUUUCAUCCCGCUAGUAUUUAUUAUUAAAUGCACAACCCCAAACCAGACAGUUAUCAAACUAUCAUCUAUUGCAUUGUAUGAAGACUGUAGAGAUUGUUUCCAAUACUCAAUGCAUUAAUUUGCUCGUGACAAUCAUAGGGCAACAUGUCUAACUGUGGGAUACUCACACAUGUAAUUACCAACAAAUAUAUGAGCAUAUAUGUAAAAAGAAACUCCACUCCAGUAUAAUUGUAAUACACCACUUGUGUUAUAUUGUAAGUAAAGACACGGUGAGAGAUGUACAUGUGGACUUUCUCAAUGUGCACUAACACGACCUGAUGCUCUUCCUCUGUGUGCAACUGUAGCGCUGUCGAGGAAACUAAUAAAGACAUUUUGACAUGA